AUGGACAAGCGGCCAAGAUUGACGGUUCGAGGACAUGGGCAGUCGUCGACGCCCGGCGGCAGAAGUAUAUCAGACCUAAUCGCAGAGAGCGGCUGCGCAGACCUCCCCGACGUGGUUUCUGUCACCAACGCCUAUCGUGCCCGGCACCGCGCGCCCAACCUGGCUUGGAGCUCGCUCCUGGCGAACGGAUCCCUCGCCUACGCCAAGGUCUUAGCCAAGAAGUGCGACUCAUAUCACUCUUCCGGCAAAACGUACGGCGAAAACUUGAUGCUGAUUAAGAGGUACCCGAGUCCGCAGAAAUGGGACGGCUGCGUAUCCGCCAUCAACGCCUGGUACUCCGAGGUCCAGAACUUCGACUUUGAAGCAGAGCUGCCGUACAGCGACAACGAUUUAGCUGCUACCGGCCAUUUCACGCAGCUGGUAUGGCGCAGCACUACAUACUUUGGGUGCGGCAUGGCGGGGGACAACGUGGAGAUGCCGUUCUACAACGGGGUCAUGGUCACGUGGGGUUGCAAGAUGGUGGUGUGCCGCUUCGUAAGGCCCGGAAAUUACAUGAGCGACAUGGAGUUCUUGAAGAACGCAAGCUCAAGCUUGAGCUUCAUCUUCAGCGACAGAUUCGGGGCGGAUAACAUCACAAUUUACAUUGCGGAUCGAAGAUGGGCGGCCCGGCACACUGAACAAAAGAGCAAAAUGCGGCGGCUUUGGCGGCGCGCGUGUGCACGUGGCAAGGGAGGUAUUAAGCAGCAUGUAUAUAGCAAAGCAGCUAUAUAUGUGUAUAUCUAUCUAUACACGACAGUAUGGGGACGUCUGUCGGCCACAUAUAUACCGCCACGAUUUGUCACUUGCUCGCCGCAUCUGACUGUGACGUUGGAGCAGCACGAUGGAAACAACGAAUUCUUCGGUACAUGCACCUGCACCACUUCUGCACAAAUAUUUUUGAUCGUGCCCAAGAAAGGAAGUUGGGCGGGUCCAUUGCUAUUGAAAAUUUGCUACGUAGGGCGGCUGCUGUUUGAGCUUGGUGUGGUGUGGCGGCAGAGCCCCUUAAGCAAGAGGUUGAGGGCAGCCAUCGCCAAGUAA